AUGGUGUUUGGCUCCACACUUAUUCAGCACGCCGCCCGCGACCUCCGCCUCCUUGACCCGCUCUUCGUCUACCCCUCCAUCGUCCUCGGCCGUGAGCGCGCCAUCGUCGUCAACCUCAAGCAGAUCCGUUGCGUCAUCACCGCCGACGAGGUGCUCCUCCUCAACUCCCUCGACAACUACGUCUUCCAGUACGCCACCGAGCUGCAGCGCCGCCUCCUCCAGCGCGCCGAGGGCGACGAGCUCCUCUUCGAGUUCCGCACCCUCGAGCUCGCCCUCGAGGUCGCCUGCUCCUUCCUCGACGCCUGCCCAGGUACCAACACCAUCCACGCGCUCCACAGCCUCCUUAGGUUGCCCCCUCUGAAAUCACUGGUGGUGGAGUCGCGGCCCGAGGACUGGCAGGCCAUCGUCUCCGCCUUCGAGAGGACCCCCAAGAUUUACAACAUUCUGGAUGAUGCCAUUAUCCUAGUAAUGAAGCAGAGAUACUUACUUGUGCAGGCAAAGAAAUGGCUUGGGAACCUGUUUGGUUUCGACUAG